UUGCUGGGGGCAGACAAAUAAACUGGAUUGCAAGAUCAUCCCGUUAGCUACAAGCAGGAUGUCGGGAAUGCACAAAGUUUGUCUGAUCGUUAUCGUUCUCCUUGUGGUGCAAGGGACCCAUGGCAACACCCUCGGAGUGCCACCGUCUCUAAGAGAAAUGUGGGCUGAACUGAUGGAGGGAACAUCCACGACAGCAGGUGUCUGCGGCAAGGGCUGCUACGUGGAAAUCGCCGGAACGACGCAUUUCUUCGAAUACCAAUAUUUUGACAAGACUAACCCGUGCAAAGAAUACAUUUGCGACACCGCUAGUGGAAGUGUGGUGACGCUGCCGAUCACUUGUGCUGAUGACCAACCUUGUGCAAGUCAGACACAAAAAGUGUUUUUACCAGGAAAAUGCUGCCCCCAAUGCAGAGGUGAAGAUGAUGUGCCGAGAGUUACAGAGUGGUCCGAAUGGACAAAGUGCAGUGAAACAUGUGGCCAAGGACAGAGAGCAAGAAGCAGGACCUGCAUCGUACCCGAGAAUGUUCCAAACGUGGGGGAUUGUUCAGGAGUCCCACUGCUGGAGUUUGGAACAUGUAACCAUCCUGCCCUGUUGACUGUAAAUGGGAGUAUGGAAGGUGUGGCAAGUGUCGGCAUCCUGUGGCAGUGGGACACGACAGUGUACACCAAUCAUCACACAGGAACCACAGUACGAGGAAGGGAUUGUCCUGUUGACUGCGAAUGGGAGUAUGGAGAAUGUGACAGUUGCUCGGUCACCUGUGGUAAAGGGAAUCACUUCUGUCAACCAAUCAUUACGCAACAACCACAGCACGGAGGAAGAGAAUGCCCUGAUUUUGUUCGGCCAAUGGAGAGUCACGACUACUGGAGUGCACAGAUCUUGGACCUUGCCCACUCUGCCUGCCCUAAGGGUUAUCAUGAGUGUACAAAAAAGGUCGGAAAGAAGAACAUAGAAGCGUGCUUACGUGACGCAGUAGACACCAACUGUGAAUGUCUUCUGGAAAGCCGGAGUCGUAGUCUGGACUAUGAUGGUGACUACAUACGCAAUGAAUGUGACAACUGCGUAAAGGUUAUAAAUCCUGGUCAAGAAGAUAGAGACAAUAAUACCGUAGGUGACAGCUGUGACUUUAUGGAUGCUAGAGAGCAAGAUUUAGAUGGCCCCAAUUUGAAAGAGAUUGCUGCUGCAAUAAUGGAGAAGUUGGUGGAAAUGUACUACAAUAAAUAA